AUGUGGUUCGCACAAGCAGAGGCCCAGUUCGUCCUGGCAGGUGUGACCCGAGAUGAAACCAGGUUCUAUCAUAUUAUCGCCAAGGUGGACCAAACAGUUUUGUGUCACAUCUCCGAUCUCGUGGCAAACCCGCCGCAAGCGAACAAGUACGACGCUAUCAAGGAAAGACUUCUGCGGCGCUUCGAAAUGUCACCUCAAGCGAAGAUGGAAAAAUUGCUCAAUUCCUGCGAUCUGGGAGACAUGAAGCCAACGCAUUUACUUGCGAAAAUGCAGGACCUGGCGGCCGGCUUGCGAGUUGAUGACAAUCUUAUGAAAAUGUUGUUCAUCCAAAGGCUUCCGCCAAAUGUUCGAUCUGUGCUCGCGAUUCAUGAUGGUACUCUUUCCAAGCUGGCGGAGAUGGCCGACAAAAUGUUGGACUCAACGUUUUCCCACGUAGCAGCGGCGACUGUACCGGCGCCGCCAACAGCAGCAGCAGUCCCGGGCCAGGAGGAAUUAAAUUAG